AAGGUACAUGUACACAGAUAUACAUGUCAACAGUUCAGUGGGUUUAACGCGUUGGUCGAGCGGCAUAAGGACUCAGCAACAACACCAACAACAACAACAACAACAACAACAACAUAGUAGUAGGUUUAUUUUGCAGCACAUCGUGCAUUUGUCAGUCCUUGGAGGAGGUUGUGUAUCGUCGAUGGGCAGGGCCAUGCUCCUCCAGAGGUGGCUGGGUCCCACCCUGCUGUCAGCUGGCCACCGCUCUGCAGGAGGGCGGAAACAGACGCAGUUCACCCCCAGGCUGAAACACGUGUCUCUCUUUAGGAGUCCCAGCAGCAGACGCGGCAUGGCGGAAGAAGCGAAGAAACGAGCAGGCUAUGCUGCGGUGGAUAAUCAUGUUCAGAACAACCAGGUAGUUGGAGUGGGCAGUGGAUCCACCAUUGUGUAUGCUGUAGACAGACUAGCGGAGAGAGUUCGUCAGGAGAAACUCAACAUAGUGUGUGUCCCCACCUCCUUCCAGGCUCGUCAGUUGAUUCUGCAGCAUGGUCUAACCCUGUCUGAUCUGGAUAGACACCCAGAGCUGGACGUGGCCAUCGAUGGGGCAGACGAGGUGGAUGCUGCUCUCACACUCAUCAAAGGAGGAGGAGGCUGUCUGACUCAGGAGAAGAUUGUAGCUGGCUGUGCCAAACACUUCAUCGUCAUCGCUGACUUCAGGAAGGACUCCUCGGUCCUGGGCCAGCAGUGGAAGAAGGGUGUUCCUAUUGAGGUGAUCCCUAUGGCCUACGUCCCCGUCUCCAGGACGAUAGCCAAGCGCUUCGGGGGGGAGGCAGUACUCCGCAUGGCCGUCAGUAAAGCUGGUCCGGUGGUAACAGACAACAGUAACUUCAUUCUGGACUGGAAGUUUGAACACACUCACAACUGGAAGGAGGUCAAUACCGCUCUCAAGAUGAUACCAGGUGUGGUAGAGACAGGUCUGUUUGUGGGGAUGGCAGAGCGGGUGUACUUUGGGAUGGAAGAUGGUAAUGUUGGGGUCAGAGACCCUCCAGUCAACUGACCUGAGCCCUGCUCCACCUGGAACUAACCAGCAACCCCCCCCCGUCCACCUGGAACCAACCAGCAACCCCCUCUCCACCUGGAACCAACCAGCAACC